GCUCUUUGUGCGAAGGUUGGAGGGUUGGAGGGGGGGAGCGCAGGAAGAAGAAGCGGCUGAGCCAGUGGGACCGGGGGACAAAUCCAGGGAAGCAGCGGCCUCCGGACCCCGAGACCCUCGUGACUGACACUGCCCGGGACACCGACCGACACCCAGCGGGGACAUCCCCGGGACACACAAGAGAUAUACGAGAUUUACGUGCGGGGAAUCCGGGGACACUCGGGUCUCAGUGCGGCUCCUCUGGGCCCCAGGCGCAUCUUGUAUCGGGGGCGGGGGGGUAGGAAGCCGGUGGCCCCUGAGAUUGUGCGGGGGAAGGAGCCGCUGUCUGGACUUGGCCUGCUGAGCCUUAUGGAUAUGGAUCCAGGGAGGAGAGGCGUGUGAUUGGCUAGUGCACCUGGCCAGGUGUAGGAUGUUAUUGUUCAUCUCUUCACCAAUAGACCAAUCAGUGCUUUGUGCCCACGGAUCCAGAGUUUCAGCGGGGGCUCAGCACCCAGGCACCAAGCAACAGAUGUUUCCCUUCUGAUCUCAGCCUUCCCGGAGGGGGGUCUUCCAGCUUCUCAGGAUUGGGUGCCUGUUGGAUCCUUGUGACUAUGUUUUACUUGCUGAGGUUGCCCACCAUGUGCCACACUUGGCCUGUCACGUCUCUGCUUCGCUCUGGACUCUUUUAUCUGCUCAUCUUCACCUGCAGCUCCCAGGGACGCGCCUGCGACAAAAGCCCGUGUUUCUCCGGACGCUGCGCCAAUAACACGUGUGUGUGUGACCCCGGCUGGGUCGGAGAUCUGUGCCAACACUGCCAGGGGAGAUUCAGGUUAACAGAACCCUCAGGAUUUCUAACGGACGGACCCAUCAAUUAUAAGUACAAGACCAAGUGCACGUGGCUGAUUGAGGGCUACCCCCACGCAGUGCUGAGGUUACGCUUCAAUCACUUUGCUACAGAGUGUAGCUGGGACCAUAUGUAUGUCUAUGACGGAGACUCCAUCUACUCCCCCCUGAUUGCCGUGCUUAGUGGUCUGAUUGUACCAGAAGCACCCGGGAAUGAAACGGUCCCAGAAGUCGUCACCACCUCAGGAUUUGCCCUAUUGCACUUCUUCAGCGACGCAGCCUAUAAUCUGACUGGCUUCAACAUCUUCUACUCAAUUAACUCGUGUCCCAGCAAUUGCUCUGGGCAUGGGAAAUGCACUGGCAGCUCGUUGGUGCCCAGCAGAGUUUACUGUGAAUGUGACAAGUACUGGAAGGGAGAGGCCUGUGACAUUCCCUACUGUAAGAACAACUGUGGGAGUCCAGACCACGGCUACUGUGACCUGACCGGGGAGAAGCUGUGUGUGUGUAAUGACAGCUGGCAAGGCCCCGACUGUUCCCUUAACGUCCCCUCCACUGACUCCUACUGGAUUCUGCCCAAUGUGAAGCCCUUUAGCCCCUCGGUGGGACGAGCCUCCCAUAAGUCCGUGAUGCGCGGGAAGUUCAUGUGGGUGAUUGGAGGACACGCCUUCAACUACAGCUCCUUCCAGAUGGUACUAAAUUACAACGUGGAAAGCAGCAUCUGGAACGUGGUGCCGGUUCUGCGGGGGCCCCUGCAGCGAUACGGACACUCUCUGGCCCUGUACCAGGACGACAUCUACAUGUACGGCGGGAAGAUUGAAACCAUCAGCGGCAACGUCACUGAUGAACUUUGGAUUUUCAACAUCUCCAGCCAGACUUGGGGCACCCGGACACCCACGGUGCUAAACCACGGGCAACACUACGCAGUGGAGGGCCACACCGCUCACAUCAUGGAGCUGGAUAACCGAGAUGCCGUCAUGAUCAUCAUUUUUGGCUACUCCUCUGUGUACGGCUACAUCAGCAACGUGCAGGAAUACUACCUGAAGUCCAAUACUUGGCUAGUUCCUGAGACUCGCGGGGCCAUCGUGCAAGGAGGAUAUGGGCACACCAGUGUAUAUGAGCCAGUCACUAAAUCCAUCUACAUACACGGGGGAUACAAGGCCUUACCAGGAAAUAAAUAUGGUCUUGUGGAUGAUCUCUACAGAUACGAAGUCAAUACAAGAACUUGGACGAUACUGAAAGAGAGUGGUCUCUCCAGGUACCUGCACACGGCCGUGCUCAUCAGUGGGACCAUGCUGGUGUUUGGGGGUAACACUCACAAUGAUACGGCGCUGAGUAAUGGGGCCAAGUGCUUCUCUGCUGAUUUCUUGGCCUAUGACAUAGCUUGUGAUGAAUGGAGGGUCCUGCAGAAGCCCAAUCUGCAUCGGGACGUCAACCGCUUUGGACAUUCGGCCGUCGUCAGUAAUGGGUCCAUGUACAUAUUUGGGGGGUUCUCCAGCGUUCUCCUGAAUGACAUCCUCGUGUAUAAGCCCCCCAGCUGUGAAGCCUUCCGCAGUGAAGACGUGUGCACCCGCGCAGCGCAAGGCAUCAGCUGCUUGUGGGACAAGGACCAUUGUGUCUCCUGGGAAUCCGCAAGUGCCAGCCAUUAUUUGUUCAGAGCAAACUGCCAGAAUAAAUCAGCGGUGACAGACGACAGGUGCUACAAGAAUACGGACUGCGCCAGCUGCACGGCCAAUACCAACGGCUGCCAAUGGUGCGACGAUAAGAAGUGCGUCCCCCUGAACAGCAACUGCAGUGUGUCAGUGAAAAACUAUACCAAGUGCUAUGUCCGGAAUGAGCAGAUCUGCAACAAAUUGACCAGCUGCAAGAGUUGCUCCCUCAAUCUCAACUGCCAGUGGGACCAGAGACAGCAGGAGUGCCAGGCCUUGCCAGCUCACCUGUGCGGUGAAGGGUGGAGCCACGUAGGAGACGCCUGUCUGCGCAUCAACUCCAGCCGCGACAGCUACGACAACGCCCGGGUCUAUUGCCACAACCUCAGCGGCAGCCUCGCUUCCUUGACUACCUCCAAAGAAGUGGAUUUUGUAUUGGACGAAAUGCAGAAAUACACCAACCAGAAACUAUCGCCUUGGGUGGGACUGAGAAAGAUCAACGUGUCGUACUGGGGUUGGGAAGACAUGUGCCCCUUUACCAACACCACCCUCCAGUGGUUGCCAGGGGAACCCAGUGAUUCAGGAUUUUGUGCCUACCUGGAGAGGGCAGAGGUGGCGGGACUGAAGGCCAACCCAUGCACCGCCAUGACAGAUGGACUUGUGUGUGAAAAGCCGGUUGUGAGCCCCAAUCAGAACGCUCGCCCAUGUAAGUUGCCCUGCUCUCUGCGGACGUCUUGCUCUAACUGUACCAGUAACGGGAUGGAGUGUAUGUGGUGCAGCAACACCAAGCGCUGCGUCGAUUCCAACGCCUACAUCAUCUCCUUUCCCUACGGCCAGUGUCUGGAGUGGCAGACCACCACCUGCUCACCCCAGAACUGCUCCGGGUUCCGCACCUGUGCUCAGUGUCUGGAACAUCCCGGCUGUGGUUGGUGCAACGACCCCAGUAACACGGGAAAAGGGAGUUGUGUGGAGGGCUCGUCCCGGGGUCCCAUGAGGCCGCUGGGGAAACACACCAGUGAGAUGGUUCUAGAUACUGGUUUGUGCCCACGAGAGAAGAACUAUGAGUGGUCCUUCAUACACUGCCCAGCCUGCCAGUGUAACGGGCACAGCACUUGUAUUAACACCAACGUGUGUGAGCAGUGCAAGAACCUCACCACGGGGAAACACUGUGAGAGCUGCAUGCCGGGCUACUACGGGAAUCCCACCAACGGGGGCGAGUGUGAAGCCUGUGUGUGUAACGGCCACGCCAACCUGUGUGAAAUGCAGACGGGAAAAUGUCACUGUACCACCAAGGGGAUCAAAGGAGACCAAUGUCAACUAUGUGAUUCAGAAAACAGAUACCUGGGAAAUCCUCUCCGUGGGACCUGCUACUACAGCCUCCUCAUCGAUUACCAGUUCACGUUCAGCCUCGUGCAGGAAGAUGAUCGCUAUCACACCGCCAUUAAUUUUAUUGCCAACCCUGAGCAGUCAAAUAAGAAUCUGGAUAUUUCCAUUAACGCGUCCAACAACUUCAACCUCAACAUCACUUGGUCCAUCGGAUCGACAGCCGGGACCAUCUCGGGCGAGGAGGUUCCUCUGGUCUCCAGGGCUCACAUCAAGGAAUACAGAGACAGCUUCUCCUGCGAAAAGUUCAACUUCAGAAGCAACCCCAACAUCACUUUCUAUGUCUACGUCAGCAACUUCACCUGGCCCAUCAAAAUCCAGAUCGCCUUCUCCCAGCACAAUACCAUCAUGGACUUGGUGCAGUUCUUUGUCACCUUCUUUAGCUGCUUUCUGUCCCUCCUGUUGGUUGCGGCCGUCGUAUGGAAGAUUAAACAGACCUGCUGGGCUUCCCGCCGACGAGAGCAACUCAUGAGAGAAAGGCAACAGAUGGCGAGCCGACCCUUUGCUACUGUCGAUGUGACGCUGGAGGUCGGUCCUGAGCAACGGGAUCUUCUCCGAACACCCACAGAGGGGGUCCCCAAGCCCAUAGCCAUUGAGCCGUGUUCUGGCAACAAAGCUGCUGUUCUUACCGUCUUUCUCUGUUUGCCAAGAGGCCUAUCGGGUUUUCCUCCUCCCGGCCAAUCAGGGAUUGCGAUCGCCAGCGCAUUGAUCGACAUUUCCCAUCAGAAGUCGUUGGACUGUAAGGAUAAAAGUUCCUGCAUUCGCAAUCGGAAGCCUCACCCUCCGACCAGACAGGGAACCUGUGUUUGAGGCAGCGACCGGGCGGCAGAAUUGUGACAGUGUCGCUCACGACCCCCAAUCAAACGGUUUCCUCUGAACGCUCUGCUUGCGCCAUCAGUUAUCAUGGGGGGACAAAUGUUCUGGGGGUCAGGGGACCUCUCCGACCAUCAUGUCUGUGACCAGUGCAGGCAGCGGCGGGGCUGAGACUUUGUAUGAAUGUGGCCGGUGCUGAGGCUUUGGGCCGACUGAUGAGACAAAAAAUGGACUUUUAUUUAAAGCAGAGACACUUGGAUGUGGGACGCGAGUCACGGAGAGACAUCGGAAACGCUUCAAAUUAUAUUAAACCAUUUAGGAAAAAUCCUCUUCCUUGUAAAUAUCAUGCGGAAAUAAUAAUUCCUUCAAUCUGGAUUCUUUUGAGUUCUGGAAAGGGGAGAAUGCAGCAUGUGGUUACUAGUGGAAACCAGUGGGUUAUGGGGCGGGGGGGGGGGAGGCAUUGGGUCCUAACUGGAAAUGUUACUUGUGUUCAGCCCAACUGUCAUUAGGGGGCUCCAGUUUGGUGCCGGAAGAGCAGAGCAAUAUGGCGGACAAGAUGGUCAAGUGAUGCCCAACCUGUGGCCCGUUGGCUGCUGAAGAGAAGGAGGAGCUGAAGGGACGUACGUUGGACAUUCCCACUUGAUAUAAGUCUGUUUUGCACCCAGCACCCCUAAACCCAACCCUGGGCAAGCUCAAUGGGACACAGGGGGAGGGGUGAAGGGCCUCAUCCACAUUAGCAGGAACCGAGGCCUCAGGACUGUAAAUACGCGAGGUGUGGGGUUCAGUGUUUCACAAUGGUACUUCCCAUCUUGGAUCAUCACAUCACCACUUGGCUUCCUUUCCAGGGACAUUCAAUCCGUUUUAUUAACAAGUCGUAUAAUCCGCGGCCAAAUCCACGCCAAUUCCUUACGGUGAAAUAUCGAAUAAAAGUUUGGCCAUCGGACAGGUCAGAGCUUCCAACGCAGUAUUAUUAUCUUUAUUUAUGGAUUUCUCCCCACCAUUUCCCUCGGAAUUCAACUUUUUUCCUUCCCUCUAAAUUUCAGACUUUGAGAAUAAACCAAGAAGGCGCUUUUUUUUUUCUUUCAUUUUAACAGAUUUUCAGCUUUUCCCCAAAAUUGUCUCGGUUUAUUUUAAGGUUCUUCUUUUGUGUCAGAAAAGGAAAGAGAAAUGUAUUGGGCAGCAGAGCUUGUACUUCAACUCGGACAAUUAGAUUUGGCUUUUGUAUCAGAAGAGGCCAAAAUCCAGGGCCUGCAGAAUCAGGGGGGAAAAAAGUAGAGAUGCACCGAAUCCACUUUUUUGGAUUCGGCCGGACCCCCGAAUCCUUCGCAAAAGAUUCGGCCGAAUGCCGAACUGAAUCC